UCCUCCUCCCUCACUUUUUUUUCCUCUUCCCUUCACUUUUUUUAUUAGAUUCUGUGUAGAUGGAUCAAGAAUCUGGAAUGGAUCGGGUCAAGGGUCCAUGGAGGACCGACGAGGAUCAGCUAUUGAAGAAGCUAGUUCAAUGUCAUGGUCCACGUAACUGGUCCUUGAUAUCGAGAUCGAUUCCAGGUCGAUCUGGAAAGUCGUGCCGGUUGCGGUGGUGCAAUCAACUCUCGCCGGAGGUUCAACACCGUGCUUUUACGAAUGAAGAAGAUGAGAUCAUUGUUAACGCUCAUGCCAAAUAUGGAAAUAAGUGGGCUACCAUUGCGCGACUCCUCAAUGGCCGCUCCGAUAAUGCUAUUAAGAACCAUUGGAACUCUACCUUGAAGCGAAAGUUCUCUUCGAUGAUGAUGAACUGGAAUGACGGAGAGAAACAAGAGGAGCCGGAGAAGAAAUCGGCUAAAACUGCCUCUGCAUCUGGUGGCCUUUGUUAUAGCCCGAAUAGUUCUGCGGGAUCUGAUGUAAGCGAUGCUUCAGACGCUGAGUUACCGUUCUCGACACAGUCACAGCAGGUCGAAUCGGAAUCACCACUGUCUGAGACAGUGAAGGAAGAUGACGGUCCGAGUACCGUUCUAUCUCUGUCUCUGCCAGGAAAUGAGGUUCUCGGCGAGUUAACAAACCAACAAUUGACCGAUAAACAAACUGUGGUUUCCGAGGCCAAAAAGGCAACGAUUGGAUUUGGGCCCGAUAUGAUAACGAUGAUGCAGGAGAUGAUUAGGAUGGAAGUGAGGAGUUACAUGGAGGGAAUGCAAAAAUGAAGGGGGUUUAGCAUAUGAUUUAUUGAUUGAUUGGUUAAUUUGUUUUGAGAGGGACUGGUUAGGUUUUUUGAGAAGUUAGAGAAGUUUUAGGCCUGAAGGCUGAAUGAAAAGAAAAGACGAGAAAAGAAAACUGUUUUCUUUUUCUGAAAGAUUUUUUAUGUUGUACAGAGCCAAUGCAGGGAAUUUAGUUCAUGGCUUAUCGAGAUAUAAAAGUUAAAAAGAAAUUCUUUAUGACAAUUUUUGGGAUGAACUCUUUAUGCUAA